GUGCGACGUUUUUCUUGUAUUUGCUGUUUUCGUUUUCUUUCGUUUUUCGAACAGCCUCAAGUGCCGCAUUGUACCACUACCUCUUUGUUCUCCUUUUUCUUUUUUCAACGUAAACCUCUCUUCUGGAUUCCCGCUUUGGCGCACUACCGUUGCUGUGAAAACACAAGGAGCUAGUGCUUCGCGCGUUUAUUAUUAUUAUUGUUGUUGCAUGCAUUCCUUUCCCCUCGCCUUUCCAGGCCGCAUAGAUUGUCACGUAGAGCAAAAAUAACCCCAAAAGGAAAAAAAAACUGGUAGGGUAUCAUGUCUGCGCUUUGGUCUCGUUUUACGAGCAAGCUGAAAGACUCCGGCUACACCCUCAACGACCUCGUCUACUGCAAUGAGGACCUUUUUCUCACCAUCGCCGAGGACAUGACGGAGUUCACGCCGCUGCAGAUCGCCUCGCUCGCCAAGGAGUGGCAGCGGUGGAUGCAGAGCACGUCCCCUGCGCAGCAGCAGAAUUCAACGCUCAGCACCUCGCUUCCUCCUGCGGUGUCGCGUAACCGUGCUGCUGGUGAUACGGCAACGAGUCGUUUGCCAAGUCGCGGCAGCCCCCCACGGGACGAAGCGUCGUCAGCGUCAGCGUCGCGGCUAUCGCCCAGUAAGUCGUCGCUGAGCGCUGCGCUGCGUGAGAACGCUUUUAGCCCGCCGCAUCGAUCACCCACGAAGAUUAAAGGCGAGGUCGACUACUUGCUGACGAAGCUGGCGGCGCAGACCGGCGAGGAGUACCAGGUGUCGCCAACGGAGGGACUGGUGGCGGUGGAGGCGUCGCCGGAGGCGUGGAGUCCGUUCAUGGACCGCCUCGCACGGAUGCACCCCACGCGGCCUCCCGUAAAUGCAGGCGGACAGCAGGAGUCGGCCACGCAGGAGCUGCAACUACUGUGGAAGCUGUGCAGUCCAGCGACGCUGAGCAAGAUGGAGAAGGCCUGCGUUUCCGGCGCGCCUUUCGGCUUGUCGAACCACGACGACACGGAUGGGCUGUGCUCGAGUGCGGUGGUGUUUUACCACCGGGAGGCCACCCGCCUUUCCGCCUCCGCGCACGAGCUCGGCGACCUCUUCCGCGCGGGAUGGGCACUUGUCGCCUUCGACGUCGCGGUGGGCAAAGCGCGGACGGUGACGAAGGACGAAGCACAAGACCUCAACGCCAACCUCUACCGCUUUUCGAUGGAGCAGUGCCUCGAGAUGCUAGAGGAUGCCGGCUUUGAUUCGUUCCACAUUCCCUCGAGGAACGCAGUGGCGGUGUGCCACAUGCACCAAGCGAUGCCCCGCUUUGUGGUUUAUGUCACCCCGAUAGAACCGGUCGUUGUAUCGCGUCGCCUGGGCGACAAGACGGCGGAUGCCAACGGUGCGAAAGGUGGUGGCGCAGCGUCUGUGUCGCCUGCUGCCGUCCCCACGAGGGCGCCACCGGUCCCUGCGGCUGCCGCGCCUGAUCCUUCCGCCGGAGGCGCACCGCCCGCAACGUCACUGGUGCGGCGCGUCGGCGAGGACCUGCACUGCACCGUGCACCCGACCAAAACGGUGGAGUUCUGGUCCUUCACCGAGAAGCGACUGCUGUGUAGCCACUGUCUCUACUACGACGGCUACUCGCAGGAGAACUGCAUCCCGAUCGAGCAGGCCGCGCGCGAGGAGGUGCCGCGGCUGGAGCGCUGGGUGCAGAACGCGACCACCUUCACCCAGGAGAUGAAGGGCGUCUUCGACCUGCUGGAGGCGGCCCAGACGGACGUGUCACAGUCGCAGGAGCGGGUGCGCAGCGACAUCGCGCAAAGCUUCACCCGGCUGCGGUCCCGCCUGGACGCAUUGGAAACGAAUCUGCAGCAGCAAGGCCAGCAGCGCGCGCAGCAGAGUCACGCGACGCUGCAGGACACACUUUCCCGCAUCACGGCGUUGCUGCAGUUUGUGCAGGACGUGGUGCGAGAGGCCGACUACCCGAUUGCCGCGUACCACAGCGGCUCCGUGGACGUGACCACGUGCAUCUCCGUUCUGCGAGGCACGCAGCGUGCGUUUGGGGCGUGGGAGGCGGUGUUGAUCCCGUCCUACGAGAAUGUCAGCGUUGUCGACGGCGGGGCGGUGCUGCAGCCGGUGGAAGAGGCGCUGAAGGCGGUGCAAGCCGUGAUGACCGAGCCGGGAAAGAUUCAGCUGCCUGAGGCAAUCGACGUGAACUACCUCAAGGUGGAUUGCGAUGUAUGA